AUGGAGAAGAGCCAGGGCAAGCUGACAGAGUCUCUUGAUGUGUUAACAAAGGCAAUAUAUGAACAAAAUGAAAUAAACAAGUGCACUUUGGGUCAGCUUGACAGAAAUGCAACCAGAUUCACAAGAGAUGUAUCCAUUGAACUCAAAAAUGCUAACAAAUCCCAAGUUGAGUUCAAGAAAGAGUUGUUGGAUAUAUCAAAAGGGGAGAAGAAAAGGAGAAGUGAAAGGAGUGAAGCUGAGAUUGAACAAGAAAGAUUAGAAGUGGAUAAAGAAACUACUGAGUACUUAAAGAAGUUGGAUGCAAGGAAUGCCAAGGCCAAAAAAGAAAGGGAGGCCAAUGACAGAAGAAUGGUUGUAUAUAGCUCUACCUCCAAUCUGAAUGAAGAAGCUGAAGAUAUAAAAAUGCUAGAGUCUGAGUCUGGUGGUGAAAGAUUUGAAGGAGGGAAUGAGGAAGCUGUUAGGAGAACUGAUAAUGUUGAGGGGGAGGAAACUGAUGUUGUGAUGGAAGUAGUUGGAGUGAUAAGGAAGGAUUUUGUUGAAGAAGAUGAAGCAGUAAAAGGAAAGUCAUCCCAAUUUGUCCCUGCGCAAGCUGUCCCAGCUUCCAAAGUUGAUGAUUCAACUUCAAGUGAUGACACCACCACAUUGAGUCAAUUUAUGAUGAAGAAAAGAGAAUCUGGUGAAGGCUCACGUGGUGUGAAGGUCUUGACCCUAGAAGAAAAGGACUGGCAAUUUGCUGCAGAAAAAGCUUUAGAAAUGAAUAUAUCUGUCAAAGCUUCUUACAAGAUGAUUUUGGAAGACAGAAUGGUGAUUGCCCUUGAAUCUGAUCCUGGAGUGGCCAAACCUCUUCAAGAAACACUUAACGAAAAAGAUGAAGAAGCAUUGCCAGUUGUGGGAUCUAAGAGAAAGGCAACAGAGAAAAGGAAGAUGGUAGUUAACUCCAGACCAUCUCAGAAGAUUAAAGAUGUUAGGGAGAGUUCAAAAGCUCAUGCUGGAUGGGAAGCUGUGGAUGUCAAGAAAACUAAAGAGAGACUAAGUUAUACUGAGUGGGUUGAACUACAUGAUAUUAUUUACAAACAACCUAGUAUUCAUAGAGAGACAGUCUUGGAAGCACUUGAGAAGAAAUUGGCAAUAAUUGUGAAAAAUAAAAUUGAUAUCUCAAGUCUUCCAAAGCCAAGAUACUAUGAGAUGGAAGAAGAAGAGUUUGAAGAGCCCCUAAAAAGAAAAAGAACAAAGCAUGUCAAGCUUGAUGGUCCUGAAGGUGAUCACACAGAUUUCAUAAAGAAUUUGAACCCUUCAGAAAUUCUUGAGCAAUUAGCACCUGAAGCUCUAGAUAGUCUUCUUAGUCAUCAAAAUUUGUCUCUAUCUUCUAAAGUGCAAAAAGCUUAG